AUGGCCGUUACGGUUGCAACAUACAGCGCAGACCUCCUUGUCCCCGGAUCGCGCAGACGCGAAAACCGGCUACCAAAGACUGGGUCGGCUGAGACAUGCCAUGAGCUCGAUGCAGAACUUCAAGCUAUAGCUGCCCUUUGGCAGAAAGUACGCCAUGUGGACAGCUUUGUACCAUCAGGACCUGGAAGACGUAGGUCCGUUUCAACACAGGCGUCUGCAAAGGGUCAACCGAGGGAGCUUUUUAAGCCGGUGCAGUUCCCAGGCGUUGCUGUGUCGCAUCGAUCAGAGGAAAAGCCAUUGGCAGAGGAGCCACUUGACUGCACACUCACCGAGACCCUAGCAGUCGUCGCAAUUCUCUGCGAUGCAAAUGUCUAUACAGUCAGUCCGUCCGGAUAUGGAGCGACAUCACGUAGCCGCCGUGCCCUUGACCUAACAUCAGUCGAUGGUAUCCGCGAAUUUGCUAAUAAGAAAGCCAAAAAGGCCGCAAAGCAGGCUCAGAAGGACAAGUGGGCAGACAGUGACAACGAAGGCGGCGAGAAGCAAGAUGGAGGCGCGGAUGGCGAGGGGGGUGGGGCUGGAGGCGACGGGUCGGGUGGAGAUGGUGGUGCAGGCGCAGGCGGCGAUGGUGGUGAUCCGCCUGGCGGUGAUGGCGGCGGCGGCGGCGACGAUGGCGACGACUGGGCGUUUGGAGGUGGCAAGAAAUCGAAAAAGAAGAAGAAGAAGACAGGAUGGCUUGAUGAGGAAGAAGAGUCGAAGCCAGAGGAUGACGGAGCGAAGCAAGCAGCGGAGGAUGCUGCCAACGGCGAGAUCACAGCCAGUGCUGGCGCUGGCGAAGCCGAUCCGGUUGAUGAUUGGGGAGCGUUCGCGACCGUGAGCACGAAGAAGAAGGGUAAGAAGGGCAAGGGCCAGCCUGAGCCCGAACCGGCGGUGGUCGUCGUGCCAGAGCCGACGUUCGACUCUGGCGACCUUGGUGCAAGCGCGACCAUCGAAACGCCUGCUGAUGACGAUGACUGGGGUGGCUUUGGCAAGAAAAAGAAAGGUAAAAAGGGCAAGUCCGAUCCAGUACCUCCACCGCCCCCUCCUGCGCCGGAGAGCGACAUGAAGUUUGACGACAUCAAUCUAAACGACGACAAAGCUGCGCCUAAGCUCGACUUCGACUUCGGUCUUGCUGGCGCAUCUGCUACCGAGAACAAGACGUCGGGCUUCGGUCUAGGUAGUACGUGGGGUGGAGGAUGGGGCUCCGGAGGCGGGUCGACGUGGGGUUUCGGCGCCGUUGAAGAGAAGAAGGAGGAGCCUGCCACGAAGCUUGAUGUGUCAUGGGGAUUUGGUGGUAGCUCCGUGUCGAAGAAUCGAGACAAGGAUGUUAAGAAGGAUACCGGCUUCGAAAUCAACUUCGACAGCAUUGGCGACGAUGGAGGUGCCGGUACGACCGACUUUACCGCGCCUGCUAAGGACGACAGCGACCCAUGGGGCGGCUUCAUGAGCACUGGGAAGAAGGACAAACGCAAGGGCAAGAAGGACAUUGAUGAGCCUGCUUUCGUGGAUGUACCGCCGCCCCCACCCGCUGCUAUCGUGAUCGAUGACAAGCCAAGCGACUCUGGAGAUCCGUGGGAUCUAUUUGGAGGUUCAAAGAAGGAUCGCAAGAAGGGAAAGAAGGGUGUCGCUGCUGUAGAGCCGGACGAGCCUGCCAUCGUCGUAGUUCCUGAGCCCGAGCCUUUGCCGGAGGCAGACAAGCCGGCGGAAGAUGACAUCUGGCCAGCGUCUGCGAAGGAUCGAAAGAAGGCCAAGAAAGCAGGAAAGGGUGCGCAGCUAGAUGAGAAGCCUCUUGACGAGCCGGCGGUUGUUGUGGUGCCAGAGCCUGCCGCAGAUACCGCUGAAGGCGACGACGGAUUCGGCUGGGGCGCUCCGAAGAAGGAUAAGAAGAAGAAAAAGGGUGCUAGCACAUUCGAUUGGGGUGCGGAGCCGGAGGAGACGAUCGUUGACGUGCCGCCGCCGCCUCCACCGCCUGUUGCUGUCGUGGAAGAACCUGCCGCAGAUGACAUAUGGAGCUUCGGGACGAAGAAGGACAAGAAGAAGGGCAAGAAAGCGGCAGCCGAGCCAGUCGUCGAGGCACCGCCCCCUCCACCCCCGCCUCCGGCUGUGCCGGACGACGAUGCUGAGGAGAACGCAGCAGAGGAGGACUGGUUUGGUGGGUUUGGCACUUCAAAAUCCGGCAAGAAGACAAAGUCAAAGGACCCUGUCAACACCGAGGAGUCCAAUGUGCUGCAACCGGAAGCUGUGGACGAGCCGAAGGCUGAUGAUGACUGGAUGAACUCGUCGUGGACGACGGGCACGAAGAAGAAGUCCUCCAAAAAAGACAAGUCCAAGGGCAUCGUGGAGGUCAUUGAUCCGAGUCCGGGCGUCUCUGUCGUCCUCCCAGAGUCAGUUCAGGACAAAUCCGCCGAAGAAGAUCCGUCGUGGUCAUCGUUUGGUGCUGUUGGAAAGAAAGAAAAGCGAAAAGGCGGAAAGAAAGGGCUUGCGGAAGAAAUCACGGCGCCUGCAGCUCCAACACUGCCUGAUCAGGGCAUGGACGAUCUUGGAGGCGAAAUUGCUGCGGCACCAGCACUUCUCGAGUUCGAGAGUACACCUGUCGACGAUCCGUGGGCAAAGAUCAGCUCAAAGAUGGAGAAGAAGUCCAAGAAGAGCGCCAGAUCUUAUGCUUUCGAUGACAAGCCGUCGAACACGAAGGUGGAAGAUCUACAGGAUGCCCCAGCCGACAUUGUUGAUGUUGUCGACGAACCGGCUGUCAUUCCAGGGCCUGACCCCGUAAUAGAGUCCAAAGACAUCAAGAAGCCUACCAAGUCCUCUGGCUGGGGCGGGCUAUGGGGUAGCAAUACUAGCAAGGCGUCCUCAAAAUCAAGUAAGGAUAAGGAAGCGAAGGACAAGGCGGAGAAAGAGGCCUUGGAGAAGGAGCAGGCAGAGAAGGCUGCCGCUGAGGAAGCGCAACGAAAAGCGGACGAGGAAGCAUUCGCCGCUGCUCUCAAGGACGAGCCCGAUGAUCUGCUGGCCAUGGUGGAUGAGGCGCCGGUCAAGAAGUCGUCCAAAGACUCGAAGAAGAAAGGCGAGAAGCUCAAGGCCGAUGUCAAGUCAAGCAAGAAGUCUGAGUCUAAGGAGGACCCUGUCAUCGCAAUCAUUGAAGAUGCGGCCGCUGAUCCCAUCAUUGACAUUGUGGACGAGAAGGUGGACGGCAAGUCAGCCAAGCUCGAGACUCCUUCGGCGGCAGGGUGGGGUUUCUGGGGUGCAUCACUCCGCUCAACUAAGCCAAGCAGCGGCAAGAAAGCCACAGCCGGCGCCGAACCGAAGGAGGAAAUUACUGUGGAUGUAUCAGCCAAUCAGGAAGCGUCUAAGCUUACCGAGCACCCGAAGUUGCCAGAAGUCACUUCUGCUGCGGACGGCGAGCUGAAGUCAGCAACGUCGCCCGUAAGCAGGUUGGGAAAGGACGCGUCAAGCAAGUCGAAAUCGAAAGGAAGCACUAUUCAAGACCGCAUCAAGGCGCUGCACGCUGAUAGUACCGAUCCGCCUGCCAAGAAGUCAUCCCCAGACUCGAAGAAAGGCAAAGACAUCCCCUCCCCACCUGAGCCAGAGCUGGUACCGGAACCAGAGCCUGAACCCGUGAUCAUUCCGCCAUCCCCAGAGGAGAAGAAGUCUGCGAAAAAGAGCUCUUCCAAAACCUCGUCGUCCAAGAAGCGAGAACCGGAACCGCCCGCUGAUUCCAUUCCCGCCCCGCCGCCGCCAUCUGCCUCUCCGCUACCAGGAGGUUUCCCAGCAGAAGACACUCUUGACGUAUUUCCGGAUAUGCCAUCAUCGCCCAAGAAGACACCAUCGAAGGACAAGAAAGCGUCAUCCAAGUCUUCUGUGAAGAAGGACUCUAAGUCCGCCAAAGCCGAGGCUGAUCCUGUGAUUGUCACACCCGCGGCCCUUGAUGAUCUGGUCGAAUUUGGCGAGCCCACUGACAAGCUGCUGACUCCACCACCGGAGAAACCUAGCAAGGACGAUGCUAAAGGCCAUAAGAAGGAGCGACCCAAGGUUGUCCGGGAUCAGACGACGAACUCAUGGGGAUUCUGGGGUGCUACACCCCCUCCCAAGUCGAGCUCAAAGGACAAGCCACGCGACAAGGAGGACGUGCCGUCGCCUAUUAAGGAGAGGCCCUCUGGUCUGUCCCGAUCAAAGUCCGCACGCAAGGCGACAGAUAGAGAUCCCAUGGAGAAAGCGUCCAAGUCCUCAGGUUCGGACAAAGAUGUUAAGAGUCCCUCCAAAUCGCGCCCAAGCACGUCCCGGGGCCAAAGCUUUGGCGCCAUGUUCGGAAUGGGCCCGCCGCCGUCACGGUCGAAAUCCACGCGUGCCGCGACCUCCCGCCGUCAAUCCGUGGCAGUAGACGAUGAUGGCAUGAUCUCGCCGCCUCCGGAAGAUGGGAGAAGAGACAUGUCGGAAAAGGCCGCAAAGGUCAUGGGCGUCUCGCGCAGCAAGUCAACACGUGACCCGUCCAAGCGCAAAGUCCCGGACCCGUACGCCAUCGACAGUGACGAUAUGAUUGUGGUUGACGGGCCCGAAGAUUCGGCGAAAGAUGUACCGCCUUCUGAGAAACCAUUGACUGACAUAGAGAAGAAGUCGCGCCGAUCCAAGCGUGACACCAACAUGAUGACUGGCGGAUUGGGCAAUGCUGAUGAUACAGUCAUGGUCGACGUUUCGCGUGCUCCAGAUGAGCCAAAGGUGGACGACCUUGCGUUUGACGUCCGCCCACCACUCGUCAGACGUGCAACAACCAGCGCUAAGAAGGCUGGUUUGAUGGGUGGCAUUCUCGGCGCCUUCUCAUCACGUCCUUCAGCGCCUGACCGUCGGCAAAGCAAGGCUUAUGAGAGCGAAGACGGCAUGGCUCGUCGCAAGCGCACGUCAGUGUACGAGGACGAUCAAGCGAAGCGUCUCCGCCGUGAAGAUCGCAAGGUCACAAGGCCAAGGAAAGCAUCGGACGCCGGAGGGCAAGUUGACGUGGCGCCCUUGCCUGCAGGCGAAGAUGAUGCAGCCCGUGAAGCUCGUCGGGCUGAGCGUCGAGCAAGGCGUGAGCAGGAAGCUGCCGAAGAACAAGCGCGAGCUGAACGCCGUCGUGAACGGGAAGAAGCGCGCAAAGCGAAAGCUCGUGAAGAAGAGGAGCGCUUACAGCAGGCGGAAGCAGAACGUGAGGCACGUCGCAGGGAAGAGAGACGCGCUCGCCGGGCAGAACGCGAAGCUCGACAUGUCGAGGAAGAGCGCCUUGCGCAGGAAGAAGAAGCUAAAGCUGUUGAGAGGCGUGAGCGCCGCCGUGAGCGCGAAAGGCAGCGAUUAGAGGAAGAAGCUGCUUCCCGACCACGCACGGACCGUAGACGCUCAACCUACGAUCGCCCUGAGGAGGAAGAAGCGCGCAGAGUCCGUCGUGAGGACAGACGGGUACGACGAGAGCCUGAGCAAGCUGCAGGCAAUGAUAAGGAACGACCACGCACAUCUCGACGACGCUCCGAAUAUCCGGCAGCCGUUAAUGACUACUUUGACAAGCGCAAUGGUGAGCAAGCUCCGCAUGCCAUUGGUGAGGCCUCUGCGCCUGUUGCUGACGGCCGACCGUACAUCAAGGCCGGUGGUGAUAAGACGACCUCUUGGGUUCAUUCCGUCAACGAAGACCCGCCACCUCCACCGCCACUUGAGGGUACGAUAGUCGAUGCGCCGCAGCACUUUGCUGCCGAUGAUGAUGUGCCGGCAGACCACCCGCUUGAGGAGACUACUGCAAGAAAGUUUCGGCAUAGGCGGGCAAACGAGCGCGACGUCGACGCAGAAGAAGAGCGUCGCAGGCGGAGACGCGACCGACGUGAUGCAGAAAACAUUAAGAGUAGCAGCGGAGGCAGCUCGCAUGAUCGCCGUAGGAGUUACGCUGGUGGGCCCGUCACCACUCCCAACUAUAAUGAUGUGGGGAUGAGGACCUGGGACGGCCGACCUGCGGUGCAGAGAAAUGAUUCCAAGCGGGGAGGCUGGUUCAAGAAGAUUGGUGACCUUACAGGUCUGUGA